AUGCGCCGACUCCGCCGACAAUUGAUGCUCGUCGUCGUCAUCGUCCAAUUUUCAGCGAGUAUUCACCACACCACAACCCCAAAAAAGGCACCUUCUGAACGAUUAGUACCUCUCGGUUCGACGACAGCUUUUAUGUGCGAUGUGUGCAUAACAGAACCUGAAAAAAGUGCUUCGACGUGGUUCAAAAAUGCGAUACCUGUUGCAAAUGUUUCGAGUCACGCGAAUGCAAUCUACAUGGAUCGCAAUCAGAGCAAAGGAUAUGAAGAGAAAAUGCCGCAAGUCGGAUUUUUGACAAUAUUCAAUGUCUCGAAAGAAGACGAAGGAACUUAUUGGUGCCGAAGGAAUCAUGAUAUGAAGUUUGGCGAAGUUUAUCAGCUUAAAAUCGCUUAUGUUGAUGAUAUUUCAGAAAGUUCUCCCAUCCGUUUGAGGCCAUACACCCCAUAUUUGGGAAGACCUUUGAUUGCCGAAUGUCCGAUGCCGAAUGCAUUUCCACCUCCGAAAGUCUCAUGGAGUAUUAAUUCUUUACCACUUUCGCACAUCUCAUCAGACUUUAGCUCUUUUUCAAAUGGAACCCUUAUAAUCCAUCACUUUUCGUACCAUCACAUUGGUCUCGUUGAGUGUCAUGUGUCGAAUUUCGCCGGACGAACGUCCGCGCAGGUUUUCAUCGAUCCUAAAGAAAUCGUGAACACCAUUGAAUCGUUCAAAUCUGGAAUCAUUGGAACCUGCUCAGCGGCAUUUCGCAAUUCGCUCUUCAUGUUCAUGAUGGGAUGCCUUUUAACAAGCAUUGCCGUUUUGAUAUACUUGUCCUGCACGAUCUGCAUUCUCCGUCCCGGUCGUCCCCGACGCAUCAUGCGACCAUCAUUCUGGUCUCGAACCGAUCCCCGUCUUGCGCCCGGAUUCCGAAAAGCGAUCGUCCCCCUACCCGACUGUUUCGCCAACGCUCGAAUGUUGGACAGCACGCCGGCCUAG